AUGGAUAAGGUCAAAAAUAAGCAAAAAACAACUGCUUCCACUUCUUCUAUCAUUAAACAACUCACAAAAGAUAGUCCAGAUAUAACUUAUGUACCUUACUCUUCUGAAUUACAACUUCCUGGAAUUAUGAGUUUAAUUGAAAAUGAUUUAUCUGAACCCUAUUCAAUAUACACAUAUCGUUAUUUCAUAAACAAUUGGCCUAAUUUAUGUUUCAUGAUCGUACUUGAAACAGAAUAUACAAAUCUUGGAGCUCUUUCAUUAUAUCAUAAUUUAGGAUUUAUUAGAGAUAAAAGAUUAUAUAGAUAUUAUCUUAAUGGUGUUGAUGCAUUUCGAUUGAAAUUAUUUUGUAAAAGUGAAAUACAAAUACCAAUUGUUGAAUGUGAAGAAACUAAAAAAAAAUUGAAAUUUGAAAGUUUAUUAGUUUUCAUUAUGAAUCAAUUUUCUUCAUGUAUAACAAUAUUAUGUCUUUGUCUUUUAUGUUUACUUACUGUAGUUAUACAUGCAGAUAUAACAGAAAUCACAGAAACUACAACAAAUGUUGAGAUUGUUAAUAGUAGUAUAGAAGUUCAACAACAAAAAGAAUCAUCAAAUACAUCUCCGACCCAAACUUCAUCAGAUAAUAAUUAUUUACCACCUCCUUCCUCUUUACCCUCUCCAACAAAUACAAUCAAUAAUAACGAUACUGAUUACGAUAAAGUACCAAUUUAUACAUGUCAUGAAAUUGGGCCAUGCGUACCUUGUGGUGUAUUUGAAGUGAAACUUGAAAAAUAUUGUCAUGAGUUUGGUAAUAAACAACCUGUUGAAUGUCAAUUGGAUUCACCUGAUAUAUCAGCUGGAAAUAACACAUAUUCUUUACCAAAAUUUCAACCUUGUAAAAGAGUAAUUAAAUUCGAAAGAACAAAAUACUUUGAAUUUCAGUUUCUCAAUAUGUUUCUUGCAUUCAUGUCAUGUUCAAUAUUAAUAUGGAGAAGAAGUAAACUUGCAGCAGAUGGAUAUAGAAAAUUAUCUAGAAGAAUAAGAGGCAAUACAUUAUGA